AUGGUUGUCUCUCCAAUCUGUCCCAAAACCAGCUUACAUGCUCGAUCCAACAGUCUACCCUCAAGACCACACCCCAUCAUUUCAGAAUUUGAUGAGCAUGUUAGCCGAGUAAGAGAUUCACAGGGUACCUCUACAUCAUUUUCAUCAUCAAUAGGCCACAAACUAAGUAUCCUCCAGGAUUUGUAUGAUUCUGUUGAUAAAUUCCUACAGCUGCCACUUACACAACAAGGAUUAGCAGGAGAAAACAAUCAGAAAUGUACUGAUGAGAUCCUAGAUGGAUCUCUCAGGCUCUUGGACGUUUGCAACUCUGCCAAAGAUGCACUGUUGCAAUCGAAAGAAUACAUCCGCGAGCUUCAAUCGGUUAUUCGCAGAAGACAAGGAGGUCAUGAUAGCGAGAUCAGGAAAUAUAUAGCAUCCAGGAAAGUAGUAAAGAAGAAGAUAAAAAAGACCUUGAAGAACUUGAAGGGCAUUGAAAACAAGAGCACCUUCUCUAGUGAAGACCUUGAGAUUGUUACCGGGAUUGGCAUGUUAAGAGAGGUUGAGUCCAUCAGUCUCGCCGUGUUCGAAUCAUUGUUGUCCUUCAUUUCUGAACCAAAGUCAGAAGCAAAGAAAAGCGGGUGGUCAUUGGUUUCCAAAUUGCUACACCACCAAAGAAUAGCAUGCGAGGAAGAAGAAAUAAAUGUGAACGAAUUUGCAAUGGCUGAUGCUGCAUUGGAAUGUCUUAUCAGUUGCACAAUAGAUAAGACGAUGAAUGUGCAAAAGAAGCUAAGCAGCUUGGAGUUGUGCAUUGAAGAUCUUGAAAAUGGAAUUGAAGGCCUCUACAGGCGCAUGAUCAAAACUAGAGCCUCCUUUCUCAACAUUUUCAUUUAG